AUGUUUUUAAAUGAAGAGAAUUCUACAUUCAUUUUCAGAGAACUGUGUUUCGUUGCUAGUCAACAAGAUAUGGUGUCAUUAAAAAUUUUCGUUAAAAGAAAUGAAGUGCUACGAAAAGAGGAAGGAUAUUUAUCCGGAGACGUACUUACAAUCAAUUGCAAAGUGUUAGUAUCCGGAAAAAACAACUUCGGGCUUUCAUCUGUUGAAACAGCGAAACAUCAUAUAGACCAGGACCUACCUCAGAAAAAAGACGCUGCUACAAAUACGUCAUCGAACGAUAUCGAUACAUUUUCUUCAUAUCAUAAGCCGCCCACAGAAGAAAGCAAUUUACACUCGUUAUCAACAGCUUUUGAGACUUUGUGCAACAACCAGAGAUUUACUGAUGUCAUUCUGAAAGUAGGCAAGCAUGAAUUUCCGUCGCAUAAGCUGGUGCUGACAAGUCGAUCCAAGGUGUUCGAAGCCAUGUUCGAUCACGACAUGCAGGAAAGUCGACAAGACACUGUCGACCUUGUCGAUAUGGAAGUCGACACAGUCAAAGACAUGCUUCGUUAUAUUUACUGUGGCAAAGUGCGUCAACUAUCUUCCGAAGAAGCUCUUCGCCUGUAUGUUGCUGCAGAUAGGUAUGACUUGCAAGAAUUGGUGCGCUAUUGCCGUAAGAUAAUAUUGAACGAGUUAUCAAUCGACAAUAUUUGUGAAAUAUUUACUGUUGCCGAUUUGCACAGUGACCAUUUACUCAUGGACGCCGCGAAAUCCCUUCUAGCAAAAAACAUGAAAGAAAUUUUGAAGACAUGCAAGUGGAAGGUAUUUGGGAAAGAGAACACCAACUUGUCAUUUGAUUUACUUCAGUCAGCAAUUCUAAAUGACUAA